AUGAAGAUGAGGCAGAUAGUGACGAAGUUUGGUGAAUUAUCUGACAGGGUUGAAGAUUAUGUCGAUGAACAACAGUCUCAUACUGACAAUGAACAGAGUGAUGAUGGUGAUGAAGUUGUGUUACAGAAUCCUGGUAUAUCGAGCAGGAACACUGCUAGUAUAAUGGGCAAAAACGGUCAUCGCUGGAGUACCAAAAUACUAGAACGCAGAGGCCGCACAACGAGAGACAAUAUUGUUUUACAUAUGCCCGGUCCUAAACAACAGGCGAGAUUAGUUCGCUCUCCAAUAGAAGCAUGGUAG